AUGCACGGAUUUCUAAUAGCGGCUGUCUCAAGUUGGAAUGCCGACAGCGACGCCUACACCGAGCAUGAAAAACGCUCCAUCAUUGAUAGUCUUCCACCCCGGUAUCGGAAAUACGAACUUGACGCAGAGGGCCGCUUGAAAUGCCCACUCUCGGUUGAAUUUGUGCUCGACGAUCCCUACAUCAAGGCCGCCGUACACAAAUUCAAGAGGGACGUCAGCGAGGGAUGCUACGAAAGGAGUUGGCAGAACCAAGCCAGGAAAGCCAUGCAGGAGAGGCGGGACGGCAAAUUUGACCCUUACCUACAGGAGCAAACAGAGGAAACGUUUGGCGAGUCCGGCUCGAAUGGCCAAGGUGAAACCGUUGACGAGGACGUCUGUGCCCAAGUGGAUUCGAGCGACGGCGAAUGGGGCAAAAGGAGAAGCGCAAAUCGAAGAGACACCAAGAAAGGCAAGACCACGCCACAGACUCGAAUGGUACAACGGAGGCGAAAAAGUCUGCCUGGAGACGAUGCUAGGUAA